AUGCGGCGGCUCUGCGCGGCCCUCGCGGUCGUCGCAUCCGUCACCAAUUCGCUGCAGUGCCGCGCUCCUAGGACCGUGCGCGCGCGCACCGCGGGCCUGCUGCGGGCCCUCGACGCGCGCCAGCCCGGCGCCGCGAGCCGGCGCACGGCGGCGGGCGCCGCGGCCGUGGGCGCGCUCGUGACGCCGGACCUCGCCGGCGCCGCGACCACGCCGGCCGUCGAGGACGUCGUCGAGAACCCGGCGCUCGUCUGGAAGCAGGGCGAGAAGCGCGACGCCGCGUGCAACGCGGCGCGCGUGCGCAAGGCGUUCCCCGGCCCCUUCGUCAACUACCUGAGCCGCUUCCUGCUGAGCUACGACGAGGGGAGCCGCGCCUUCUGGCGCGCCGGCUCCGCGGAGAUCCCCAUCGCCUGGGACGAGCAGAAGGUGCGGCGGAAGCGCGCGACGCAGUUCGCCAACUACGCGGCGUCCGUCGAGCGGGGCCUCUGCGUCUACGCGGAGAAGUCCACGACGGCGGCGGGCGACUACAGCGCCACGCCCCAGCUCGGCGUGCGCCAGCUCCUGUCCCUGCUCAAGAGCCGCUACGGGUUGCUGCCGGACGCGCAGCGCCAGCUGAGCCUGCUCUUCAGCCUCCUCGACCCGCCGCUGCAGCCCAGCGAGGCCAUCGCGUCCCUCGCGGCGCGCUACGAGAACGCGACGGUGGCCGCCGUGGACGUCGUCGACGGCGGGUCCUACGCCGUGAGCGACGCGGCCGCGCUCGCGCGGUUGUCGGCGCGGCUGCCCGCGCCCGCGGCGGGCGGCAAGGCCGCGCGGCUCGGCGCGCCGCGCUUCGCGCCCACGGGCAGAAUCCUCGGCUUUAUUGUGACGGAGGCCGGCUGCGGCUACGGGGCGCCGCCGGACGUGACCGUGUCCGCGCCGCCGGGCGACGACGCGCGGUCGCGGCCCGCGCGCGCGCGGGCCGUCGUCGACGACAAGGGCCGCCUCCGGGGCGUCGAGCUCGUUGACGGCGGCGUGGGCUACGUGCCGUCGGGCCCGGAGAACGACCUGACCGUCGUCCUCGACGUCGCUCCCCCUGCGGACAAUUCCGCGUGCGGCACCGUCGCGACGGCGGAGGCGAUCUUGGAGUACGCGCUCGUCGGCGUCGACGUCCAAGCCAGAGGCGCGCCGACCUACGGCUACACGCGGGCCCAGUCCCUGGGCGCCGUCUUCUCCGACGUCGAGGGCGUCCGGGUGUCGCGGCCCGCGGUCGCAGUCGCGCGGCUCGAGUACGCGGCGCGGCGCAACGUGCCGCCGCCGACGGCCGCGCGCUGGGCGCCGCGCGACGCCGCGAGUUCGUCGCUGACGGCGCUGUUGGGCGUCGGCCUCGUGCCCGUCUGGGACGGGGCGACGCACAAGUUCCCCGCGGCGGCGUUCGGGCGCAUCGAGGGCGCGAGCCGAUCCAUGCGGUCCGACAUGACGCCCGUGCGGCGGCCCGUGGAGCUGCGCGGCGGCCAGCUCGUAAGGUUGGCGCUCGCGGGCGCCAUCUGCACGGCGACGACGCGCGCCGUGCUCAACCCGCUCGAGCUCUCGAAGACGCGCGCGCAGGCGGCCGCGUCGGGCGGAGCGCGGGACGACGACGCGGCGCACGGCGCGGCGUCGCCCUGGCUCGGCGUCGAGGCGACGGCGGCGGCGGGCGCGGCCCUGGGCACGUCGUCCUUCGGGGUCUACGAAUUAUUGCAGCGCGCGCUGCCGAAGCUGUCGAACGCGUUCUUCGCCGACCCCGGGUUCGCGACGGCGCACGAGCUCGAGCUGAGCCUCGCGUCGAGCUUCGGCGCCGUGCUCGUCGCCGCGGCGCUCGUCGCGCCCCUCGAGGCGGCGAAGGUGCGCCUCAUGCUCAGCGAGGAGCCGUCGCCGCCGUCGCUCCGGUCGUCCCUGCUGGCCAUCGCGACCGACGGCGACGAGCUGCGGCCCGCGAAGCUCUGGGACGGGUUCUACCCCUUGCUGGCGCGGGAGCUGCCCUUCACGACGGCGAAGCUCCUGGUCUACUCGUCGGCGCAGCAGGCGCUCUUCCAGCUGCUGCCCGCGGCGCGCGAAAGGCCCCUGGCGUCGCUCGGCGUGACGAUCUUCUGCGGCGCGCUCGCGGGCGCCGCCGGCGCGCUGCUGUCGACGCCCGCCGACGCCGUCGUGACGGAGCUGGCCACGGGCAAGCACGGCAGCGACUGGACGAAGGCGCUCGCGGCGAUCACGGGCGCCGAGGGCGAGGCCGAGGCCGCGGGGCCGGGCCUCGCGGCCGUGCCCCGGCUCUUCGCGGGCGCGGCCCAGCGGUGCCUGCUCUUCGCGGUCAUCAUCACGGUGCAGCUCCUCUUGUUCGACUUCUGCCGGGACAAGCUCCAGGUGUCGCCGGAGAACCUGAGCCUGGGCCUCGACGUGUUCGCCGACCGGCUGUCGUUCUACGAGUAUUAA